UUAGUUAUCUAUACUCUCCAAGCUAGCUCACUUUUUACUUCAUAAAGAAUCAUAAAAACUCAGUUUCUGAGCCGUUGAUGAUAAUGGAUAGCCAGAGCAAGAACAUGAGUGUGGGUGCCAUGGAUGUUGCAGAGAGCAGAAUGAUAAAGGAAAGAAGAGGAAAUAAUUUGUUGGGUUUAAGAGUGUUAGCUUUGGUUCUUACUUUGACUGCUGCCAUAGUUCUUGGGGUUGAUAAGCAGACCAAGAUUGUCCCAAUUCAACUCACGCCCGCUUUGCCACCUUUGAAUGUUCCUCUUGAGGCUAAGUGGCAUUAUCUCUCGGCUUUUGUGUUCUUUGUGAUAUCAAACGCCAUAGCAAGUGCAUAUGCAGCAAUAUCUCUAAUAUUGAGUUGUUGUGCAAAGAAAAGGAUGCUACCAAUGAUCUUAAUUCUAGACCUAUUAAUGGUGGCAUUGCUAUUUUGCAGCAAUGGAGCAGCCACAGCUAUUGGUUUAAUGGGUUACAAAGGGAAUUCACAUGUGAGAUGGAACAAAGUUUGCCACGUUUUUGGUAGAUUUUGCAAUCAAGUUGCUGCUUCACUCAUCAUCUCUCUGCUUGGAUCUUUAGUUUUUCUCUUGCUUGUUAUGCUUACUACUUUGCGCCUUCAUAGGAAAUCUAUUAAGUUCUAGUUUCUUUUUUUUUCUUCUUCUAUCUUGUGAAGUUUUUGAGCUUUAAAUCUAUCAAAUGUUGAUGUUGAGCUUUCAUUUCUUUAAUCAAUAAAAUAGACCUUGUCUA